AUGAAUACAAAGCAAAAGAAAGAGAAUACUAUUAAUUAUAUUGAAAAAAAGGAGCUUGAAAAAAAGGAGCUUAAGGAAGAAGAGAUUAAAGAAAAAAGCAUUGAAAAGGAAGAGGACAUUAAGAAGGAGGGCGACAUUAAGGAAAAGGGCGAUAUUAAGGAAGAAGGCGACAUUAAAGAAGAAGGCGACAUUAAAAAGGAAGAAGAUAUUAAAGAAGAAUCAUUCGAUCUCUUCGAUAAUAACGACGAGAUAACCCGCAUUAUAAAUAAGAAAAUAUACAACGAUCUCGAAGUAUACCGCGCUUUUAAGCAAAUCGAGCAAUCGAACAAGAUCAAAGCUAAAACGGAAGCAUUAGAUUUAACAUACGAUCUAUUAAUCUUUAUCGCGUCUUACGCUUUUCGCACUCGCUUAGCUACUUAA